AUGACUCAGCGAUCCACCUCAUCAGCAUCAUGCUCUCAAACGCCAAUUAGGAUCUCAACAUCCUUCCUUUCUCGCCUCCGCUUCCGCCGUCCAAUCCCGUCAUACCAGAUGCGACUCUACCAGAUGCGCGACAGACGGACUGAGCCCGAGCCCGACAUGUCUUGGUCGCGGAAAGCUUGUGCAUGGUGCCAAUUUGAGAUGUCAUUGGGUAUAAUUCGUCCUCCGCGCGGCUCGGUCCGUUGGCUGCUGCUUCUGCUGCUUGCCGUUCAAAUAGCCUCUCGCCUCGCCUCUGCCCACGCUCGCGACGAUGCCGCGGCCGUAGCGGGAGCGGCAGCGGCGGAGGACGCUAAUGGUUGUGAAGCUGAGGAUACUAUUCGGGACGAUGACCCCGCGGGAUAUCCCUGUGCGCGUACGUGCAAAGCAGCUGCGACCUACUCGAGCGCGCUCUCAGCGGACACUGUUACUAGAGAUGGUGUUUCAAAUGCGGUAGCCUCCUCCCCGAUUGCACACAAGCACACUGGCGGUGCUGCCGCUGGUACGUGCGACGGUUCUGAAGGCGCCGCAGCAGGCGACAGCAACGCGUGCGCGUCUCCUUCAGGCCUUAGUGUGGCGGCAUUAAACUCGUCGCUAACCUCGACUGCUGCGUCGCCUGAUGGUUCGAGCGCGGCGGAGCUGGUGCUGUCCGCCGUCAAUGCCGUGCGCGCAGCAGUGGAGGCGGAACGCGUUGCGCUCGCGCAGCUGCAGGAAACCGUGGCGGAGCAGAGCGCGCGCCUGGAGCGCAUGGAGCGGCUUCUGGCGGAGCUUGCGGGGAGACGGGCGGAAGGCGAACGGCCAGGGGACUGGGGUUUGGGCGCAGGGCUGGGCGCGAGUGGAGGGGGAGUAGGUGGUUUAAGGCAAGGGGAAGGGGACACUGGCAGAGGUGCUGGUGGCGCGGAAUGGCGAGCGGGGGAAGCGGGGAGGAGUGAGCCGCUGACGUGGACUGGUAGCUUGGAGCUGGUGGGGACUGCGGCUAUGGGCGCGCGUGUCACUGCUCUGCUGCUUCUCCCGUUGGACCUGUCGUCCCCUACGGGCGGGCGACUGGUGGCAGUGGGGGACAUGGCAGGCCAUGUGCGCGUGUUCUCCUCCCAGGGCCACCUGCUGCUGCACCUGCACCCGCCCUCGCUGCACUCCCACGAGCACGCCCAUGCGCAUGAGCAUGGGGAGCAAGGAGGCGGAGGAGGAGCACGAGGCGGAGGGGGAGGGGGAGGGGCAGGGGGAGCGGGGAGGGGAGGGGAGUGGGCGGUGACGGCGCUGGUGGCGGCAGCAGUGAAGCGCAACGAGACGUGGCUGGCAACAGGCCAUGCGGACGGGUCCGUGUACCUUGUGCGCGUUCCCGAGCUGCAGGCUAGAGGCCGCUCUGCUGCCGGCCCUGCCACCGCCACUGCUACUGCUUCUGCUGCUGCGGCAGCGGCGGCGGCAGUGGGGGAGCACGGGGAGGUGUUGCAGGGCGGCAUGCUGGCGUCGUAUGCCGUGCCGGUGGUGGAGCUGCUUCCCGCUGGCGCCCUUCACGCCCUGCCUGCUGCUGCUGCUUCUGCUGUGGGACAGACGGCAGGUGCAGCAGGCGAUGCACUGAUCGAGCAGCAGCAGCAGCAGCGAAGGGAGCAGCUGGAGGGGCAGCAAGGCGAGCAGCAGCAGCAGGCGGGGUGGAGGGUGCCGUGGAGAGCAGUGACAUGUCUGGAGGUGCACAAGUCAGGGUCGUCGCGGUACAUCCUGGUGGGCAGUGCGGGGGGCGUCAUUGCCGUGCUACGAUCCAAUGGCUCCAUCUACGGCCAUGCCAACAUGCUGCCCGUGCAGCAGGGAGCCCGUGCAGGAGAGGCUCGCACGAAGCAGAGAGGUGGAGAGGCUGCUGCUGAUGCGGCUGAUGCUGCAGGCUCGGGUGCGAAAGCACAAGACAAGGGCUCUGGCAAGGGGAUUCCGGACACUGGUGAAGCCACUGCUCCUUCUCCUGCUACAGCCGCUGCCGCUGCUGCUGCUACUUCCGCUGCCGGGCAGCCCAGUGUCCCCUUGGCGUUCAUCCGCACACCGUCGUCGCAGCGAGUGCUCUUCCUGACGUCAGCAGGAGCAGCGUCCGUGGACCUGCUGUCGCUGACCAUGCACCCCGCCACGUGCCACGGGCUCAACGGCUCCACGCUCGCCGCCUUCUCCUUUGACCCGGCCAGCCGCUCGCGCGCGUACGCAGUGACAACGCAGGGAGAGCUGGUGCUGGUGACCAUUACAGGGGACACUAAUUGGUUUGACUGCCGCGGCAAGGUGGCAGCGGUGCAUGGGUAUGUGUUUGUGGCAGGAGCUGGCUCGCUGCUCAUCUUCAAUGUCUCUGGACAGCCAUUCCGUUUCGUCUCCCCUCGCUCCAAGCCAUGGGCACCAACCCUCCUCCUCACCAUCCCUCUCUCCUCCGCGCUCGCCGCACUUCCGCCGCACCUCCCCUCCCUCCCGCCAUCCCUCCUCACCGCCAUCGCCUCCUCCGCCCUCCCUCCGCCGCUCAUCGCCUCCAACAAGGAGUCGCUCCUCGCAGUGGCCUUCUCAGCCCACAACGUCGCCAUCUACCGCUCGCGCCUGCCCGUCUCGUCCGCCCGCUCGCGCCGCUCCUCCUCCUUCCUCUCCACGCCCAUCCUGCUCAUCUUCAUCUUCCUCUGCGCUGCCUGGCAGUUUGGCCGCAGGGCCAAUGCUGGGUCUUCUGCGGGGGGGGAGGCACUGGGUAAUCCGCACUCAGGGGAGCCAGACCCUCUUGGUGCUGCUGCCCCACAUGCGCUUGGAAUGGGAAUGGGGAUUCGGGGGCUGGAAAUGGAAGGUUCUGGUGUUGCCGGCGGGGGUUUUGGUGCGAGCGGCAGUGGAAGCGGUGGUGGUGGGGCGGGUGGGAGUGCCGGGAGAUUGUCAGCUGGGUCGGGGUUGUUGCUGGGCAGAAGAGCAGGUGGAGGGGCGGAUGGGGAGGAGACAUGGGGAAUGCAGGUUGGUGGGAGAAGAGGAGCAGGUGGUGGUGUUGGUGAUGGUGGUAGAGGGGAAGGAGGAGAGAGGAGAGGGGAUGGGGAGGACGUGAGGGGGAACGUGGGAGGAAAAAGGCCUGAAGAAGGAUCAGCAGGGAUGAGGAUGCAUGGCUUGAGAGCAGCAGGUGGCGGUGGUGGGUUCAGGGUCCUGUCAGACGGGGGAGGGAGCGGAGGCGGGGUGGAGAUUGCUGCUGGGUUGCAGAGAGGAAGUGGGGAAAGAGGGGGAGGGGUUGGGGAGAGUGGAGGGGACAUGAUAGGCGAGAGUAGAUUGGGUUUUGAUCGCGUGGGGCAGGCGAGGGGCAUGGCAGCAGGAGGAGUGAGAGGGGCCAGCAGGUUAGGGCUGGGGAUGGAGGAAGGAAAGGACUCCCUUCCAGCUGCCGGCACUACCGGACCAUCAGCAGCAGCAGCGGCAGCAGUAGCAGCAGGUGUUGGUGCGAGUGGCGCUGGCAGUCUUGCUGGUGGUGGCGGUGGGCUAGAGGGAGCGAGCAGGCAGACAUGGCUGGAUGCGAGUGAUGGGGGCGGGGGGCUGGUGAGCAACCGCAACAGCGACUGGGCGCCGAUAGGCAGGAUGAGAGCAUCGGGGAUCAGAGCAGCAGAGCGCUACCCCGCAUCGCAUCUCAUGGGUGGGCGGCCAGCUCCCAUGUCGGGGCGUGUGGUGGGGCACCCGGGCCCGCGGCCAGAGUACCGAGGCAGGGAGACGUACCCCCCGUCGGGUCGCAGGGAUCCGUUCUAUGCGCGCCGCGCGUUCCAGCCUGGUUGA